CCGGCGGCCGCGCACACACUAGCAGGCCUAGUGCACACUCCAGAGAGGCAGCGGAGGUGAGGGCUCCGGUUCACUGGGAACCCCGUCCUGCCCAGAAGGCUCAUGGAGCCCGGAGCACGCAGAGCCCUCCUCCCGAGGGCUAGCAGGUUCCUUCUGGACCUGUAGUCUAGCCGCCAUGGCGCACGGUUUCUCGGUGGGUUUCGACCCACUGGGCCUUGGAGACCUAAGCUCUGGCUCUCUGAGCUCCCUCUCCUCCCGAGGCCACCUGGGCAGCGACACAGGCUCCGCAACGCGAUACCUGCUGAGGAAGCAACAGCGGCUGCUGAAUGGGCCCUCCCGCGGAAUCCGAGCCUCAUCUCCCAUGGGCCGUGUCAUCCUCAUCAACUCCCCCAUCGAAGCCAACAGUGAUGAGAGCGACAUCAUCCAUGCGGUCCGGGUGGAGAAGAGUCCAGCAGGGAGGCUGGGUUUCAGUGUGCGCGGCGGCUCUGAGCAUGGCCUGGGCAUCUUCGUCAGCAAGGUGGAGGAGGGGAGCAGUGCAGAGCGGGCUGGCCUGUGUGUGGGGGACAAGAUCACGGAGGUGAACGGGCUGAGCCUGGAGAGCACCACCAUGGGCAGCGCCGUGAAGGUCCUGACGGGCAGCAGCCGCCUGCACAUGAUGGUGAGGCGCAUGGGCCGUGUGCCCGGCAUCAAAUUCUCCAAGGAGAAGACCACGUGGGUGGACGUGGUGAAUCGGCGGCUGGUAGUGGAGAAGUGCAGCUCCACGCCGUCAGAGAGCAGCUCAGAGGACGGGGUGCGGCGCAUCGUCCACCUCUACACGACCUCCGAUGACUUCUGCCUGGGCUUCAACAUCCGAGGGGGCAAGGAGUUCGGCCUGGGCAUCUACGUGUCCAAAGUGGAUCAUGGCGGGCUGGCCGAGGAGAACGGUAUCAAGGUGGGAGACCAGGUCCUGGCGGCCAACGGUGUCAGGUUCGAUGACAUCAGCCACAGCCAGGCCGUGGAGGUGCUGAAGGGCCAAACGCACAUCAUGUUGACCAUCAAGGAGACUGGCCGGUACCCUGCCUACAAGGAGAUGGUUUCUGAGUACUGUUGGCUGGACCGACUGAGCAAUGGGGUGCUGCAGCAGCUGUCCCAGGCCUCUGAGAGCAGCUCCAGCGUCUCCUCAUACGCCUCCAGCGCCCCCUACAGCUCGGCUGAGGGCUCCAGCUCCCUGCCCUCUGACCGCAUGGAUGUCUGCCUGGGGCCGGAGGAGGCCAGCAGCCGAGGCCCAGGCUGGGGGCGAGCAGACACAGCCAUGCAGACCGACCCCGAUGUGGGCGGCCGCGUGGAGACCUGGUGCAGCGUGCGGCCCACAGUCAUCCUCAGGGACACAGCCAUCCGCUCCGACGGACCCUCGGCCGCCCGCCGCGUUGACUCUGCUCUCUCUGAGUCCCCCAAGACUGCUCUGCUGCUGGCCCUCAGCCGACCCCGGCCCCCCAUUACACGCUCCCAGAGCCACCUGACCUUGUGGGAAGAGAAGAAGCAGCGGAAGAAGGAGAAGUCGGGGUCCUCUGGGGAGAAGGGGGCCCUGCAACGCUCCAAGACACUGAUGAACCUCUUCUUCAAGGGAGGGCGGCAGGGGCGGCUGGGGGACGGGCGCAGAGAGGCCUGGACACUGGAGAGAGGGAGCCCGGCCAAGCCCCGUCCUCGCCUGGACGUGGAGAAAGCCCCCAGGGCCCUGCUCUCUCCUGGUUCUCCCACCUCUCAGGCCACUCUUCUCUCUCCUUCCAAGGCUGUCCCUUUUCUCUUUGUCCCCUGAAGGUAAGUGCGCCCCCAAACUUUGUCCCUAGGGUUCUUGCCUCCAUCCAUUUGCUUCCAAAUGAAUCUCUAUAAGCAGAGCUCAGACUGUACCCUCUCUUGAUCCAAAA